AUGGCGCAGAGUCUUAUCACAAUGCAUCCCGCUGUCAAAAUCAUGGGUCCUGAUCUUCCCAUCGGCUACUUGAAGGAUCCCAUUGUCUACUUCAUAAAUCCUGUUUCUGAUUCCCGAGUCACUCUCCCAUCACAAUUAUCAGUUGCGUCUCCUGGAAACGACAGACACGACUUCUUCUACAAAGUAGUAGCCUCUUCAGCCCCAACGGAGCAGCAGCAGCGGCGCUGCCUUGUGGCCGCCAUUGCGCCCGGACCCAAAAAUUCCGAACUUGUUGAGGUACGUCGCGAAUUGGUUAUUUGCACUCCUUAUCAUAAAUCAUGGACCAAGAUUAGAUUUGCAGAGAAAAAUCACAAGUUCUUUUUCUGCGACAUAGAAAUUAUUGAUCGGAAAUUAUAUGCCACAACGAAGAACUUGCUUAUGGUGUUUCACAUCAUAGAGAUGGAUUUCGAGGAUGGUGAUGGUCAUUACCUUUGCUAUAAGCUUGUAGAGAAGGUUACGCUUCAUAACGAUAAAAGGCCAGUUAAUUGGGUAUACGAGUAUUGGGGACUAGAUAAAGAGAGAUACAUGGAGAUCUUUGAAGCUGGCCCUUACCUUGUAAAAGAUGCUACAUCAAAAGAGUUGUUUGUGAUCUUUCGAGACGUUAGCUUGUUGAGAUCGUUGCCCAUUACGUACUGUACUGAAGGAUUUCGGGUUCUGAAGCUGCAGGAGAAUUGUGAUGGUAAUAGUUCUAGGUUGGUAGAGGUUUCUGACCUUGGUGACAGGAUAAUGUUCCUAAGCAAAUUCAGCAACCAACUGAUGAUCUCUUCCUGCAAUGGCGUUAGUGGUUCCGAUGAUGAGACGAGCCUCAAAAGAAAUUGCAUCUAUUUUGCUUUCAAUUGGCCUGGUGUCAAAUUACCUGGGGGAGAUUUUGGAGAAUUUUCUUUGACAAACAAGAAGGUUAUGCCUCUGACUUUUCCAGAGGAUCAAUAUCCUGCCGAACUCUUCUUUGGAAGUACUGCGUGGUUUAACCCCUAUAUACAUAGUGAUUGA